CGUUACCCCGAGGCUCGCGCGCGCGUGCGGGGGGGACGGGACUGCGUCACGGGCCGCCCCGCCCGUGUGUCCGCGAGCGCGGGCCCCGCCGCCGCCGCCCAGCGACACCCGCCCGGGGGAAGGGGGCUGCGGCGCCCGCGCGCCACACACCACACCGCGCCGGGGCUGCCCCGCCGCCGAGUUACCUCCGCGCCGGCCUCGGCUCCCUCGCGUCCUCCGCCGGCAGCCGGGGGGACGCGGCCGAGACAACCGGGCCGCGGGGGUGGUGUGGAGGUCGGCGCGGCCCGUGCACCCCCGCGGGGCGCGAGUGGGGACGGACCGGGCCCGCUGCUGCCGCGCGCCCCUCCCCCCGCCCGUGCGUCGUAUCCCUCCGCUCCGGCCUGGCAGAGAAAGCGGCGGCGCGCGCCCCGCCUCUGCCGUUCCGACAUCUUCUUCCCCGCCGCGCCUCUCCCGGCUCUGCCUCGCGUCCUCCCGCCUUUCCUGGGCGGCCCCGCUCGCGGCAGGGGGGGCGGCUCGCGGUUCGUGGGGCACCGCGCGGCGGGGGAGGAGCGGUGCGGGCGGGCGGCGCGGCGGUAGCGGAGGAGGGGACUCUUUCUCCGGGCGGAGGGAUCCCGCGGGCUGACGGCGCGGCGGUGGUGGCGGCGGCAGCAGCAGCAGCAGCAGCGGCGGCGUUGGCGGCGGCGGGGAGUUGUUGUUGCCUCCGACGGCGGCUGCUUCCGCGCGCUCCCGCCGGGGCCGCCCCGCUCUCCCGGCGGCGGCGCUGACAGCGGGCGGGCGGGCGUAGGGCCCCGGUAGCGCGGCCCCGGGCCCAGCCCCGCGCGCCAUGGCUGGGGACGGCGGGCGGCACACGGCGGAGCUGCAAGCGGAGCUGUACUUCCUCAUCGCCCGCUUUUUGGAGCACGGCCCGUGUCAGCAGGCGGCUCAGGUCCUGAUCCGGGAGGUGGCGGAGAAGGAGCUGCUGCCCAAGCGCACGGACUGGACGGGCAAGGAGCACCCGCGCAGCUACGAGAGCCUGGUGAAAUAUUAUAGACACUUGGCACCUGAUCACUUGCUUCAGAUAUGCCAUCGACUAGGACCACUUCUAGAGCAAGAAAUUCCUCAAAGUGUCCCUGGCGUGCAAACACUGCUAGGAGCUGGAAGACAGUCUUUGCUUCGCACAAACAAAAGUUGCAAACAUGUUGUGUGGAAAGGAUCUGCUUUGGCUGCGUUACACUGUGGAAGGCCUCCAGAGUCGCCAAUAAACUAUGGUAGCCCACCCAGUAUAGUGGAUACCCUCUUUUCAAGAAAACUAAAUGGAAGAUAUAGACUUGAACGCCUUGUUCCAACUGCAGUGUAUCAACAUAUGAAAAUGCACAAACGAAUCUUAGGACAUUUAUCUUCCGUAUACUGUGUAACUUUUGAUCGGACUGGCAGACGAAUAUUUACCGGUUCAGAUGAUUGCCUUGUAAAAAUCUGGGCAACAGAUGAUGGAAGGUUGUUGGCUACUCUAAGAGGACACGCAGCUGAAAUAUCUGACAUGGCUGUGAACUAUGAAAACACCAUGAUUGCUGCAGGGAGCUGUGAUAAAAUGAUCCGAGUUUGGUGUCUUCGAACAUGUGCACCCCUAGCAGUUUUGCAGGGCCACAGUGCAUCUAUAACAUCACUGCAGUUUUCUCCGUUGUGCAGUGGUUCAAAGAGAUAUCUGUCCUCGACUGGGGCAGAUGGAACAAUAUGUUUUUGGCUCUGGGAUGCUGGCACCCUUAAAAUAAAUCCAAGGCCAGCAAAGUUUACAGAACGCCCUCGGCCGGGAGUCCAGAUGAUCUGUUCUUCUUUUAGUGCUGGUGGAAUGUUUCUGGCCACUGGAAGUACAGAUCACAUCAUUAGGGUUUAUUUCUUUGGAUCAGGUCAGCCAGAGAAGAUAUCAGAGUUGGAGUUUCAUACUGAUAAAGUUGACAGCAUUCAGUUUUCUAACAGUAGUAAUAGGUUUGUAAGUGGAAGUCGUGAUGGGACAGCACGUAUCUGGCAAUUUAAGCGAAGGGAAUGGAAGAGUAUUUUGUUAGACAUGGCUACUCGUCCGUCAGGACAAAGUCUGCAAGGAGUAGAAGACAAAAUCACAAAACUGAAAGUAACAAUGGUGGCAUGGGACCGCCAUGACAACUCUGUUAUAACUGCAGUUAAUAACAUGACUCUAAAAGUUUGGAAUUCUUUCACUGGCCAACUUAUUCAUGUCCUUAUGGGACAUGAGGAUGAAGUGUUUGUUCUUGAACCUCAUCCAUUUGAUCCUAGAGUUCUCUUCUCUGCUGGCCAUGAUGGCAACGUCAUAGUCUGGGAUCUGGCAAGAGGGGUCAAAAUUAGGUCUUACUUCAAUAUGAUCGAAGGGCAAGGACAUGGUGCAGUUUUUGACUGCAAGUGCUCUCCUGAUGGUCAACAUUUUGCAUGUACAGACUCGCAUGGUCACCUUUUGAUUUUUGGCUUUGGCUCCAGUAGCAAAUAUGACAAGAUAGCAGAUCAGAUGUUCUUUCACAGCGAUUAUCGGCCUCUUAUCCGUGAUGCCAACAACUUUGUCUUAGAUGAACAGACACAACAGGCACCACAUCUCAUGCCCCCUCCCUUUUUGGUUGACGUUGAUGGCAACCCUCAUCCAGCAAGAUACCAGAGAUUAGUUCCAGGUCGUGAGAACUGCAGGGAAGAGCAGCUUAUUCCUCAAAUGGGUGUGACUUCCUCAGGAUUGAACCAAGUUCUCAGUCAACAAGCAAACCAGGAAGUAAGUCCUUUGGACAGCAUGAUACAGAGGCUUCAGCAAGAACAAGAUCAAAGACGUUCUGGGGAGGCAGGAACUAGCAAUAUCAGUCGGUUAAGCAGAGGCUCUGUAAGUACUACCUCAGAAGUACAUUCACCACCAAAUAUAGGUUUAAGGCGUAGUGGACAAAUUGAAGGUGUGCGACAGAUGCAUAGCAAUGCACCAAGAAGUGAAAUAGCCACCGAGCGGGACCUUGUAGCUUGGAGUCGAAGGGUUGUGGUACCUGAAUUGUCAUCAGGGGUAGCCAGUAGGCAGGAAGAAUGGAGAGCUGCAAAGGGAGAAGAAGAAGUAAAGAUAUAUAGAUCAGAAGAGAAAAGGAAAUAUAUUACAAGUCAUGUUCCAAGAGAGAACAAAAUACCUUCUUUCUCUAAGAACCAUUCGCACGACCACAUUCUAGAUGCAGGAGACUCAAGAAAGCAACAAGCUAACCAACACAACUACCGUACCAGAUACGCAUUAGAAGAAACUGCCAGGCCUGCUGAAGAGUUAGAAAAUGGAAACAGUUCAUCAGAUAGUAACUGUCACAUACUUCCUUAUCAGGAAGGAGAAAUAGUUGUUGCCAGUGGUGGAACAUCAGAAGAUGAUGAGAGAGCAUGGCACAGUGAUGGCAGUUCUAGUGACUACUCUAGUGAUUAUUCUGACUGGACAGCAGAUGCAGGAAUUAAUCUGCAGCCACCAAAGAAAAUUCCUAAACUUAAAACCAAGAAAGCAGAAAGCAGUUCAGAGGAUGAGGAAGGAACAGAAAAACAAAAGAAGCAAAUUAAAAAAGAAAGGAAAAAAGGGAAUGAAGAUAAAGAUGGACCAACAACAUCACCAAAGAAAAGGAAACCCAAAGAAAGAAAACAAAAGAGAUUGGCUGUGGGUGUGUUGGCAGAGAACGGCCUGACUUUGGAAGAGUGGCUGCCUUCAGCCUGGAUUACAGAUACUAUUCCCCGUCGAUGUCCAUUUGUGCCGCAAAUGGGUGAUGAGGUUUAUUAUUUCCGACAAGGUCACGAAGCAUACGUUGUAAUGGCCAAAAAGAACAAAAUAUACAGUAUUAAUCCCAAAAAACAGCCGUGGCAUAAAAUGGAACUCCGGGAGCAAGAACUGAUGAAGAUAGUUGGAAUUAAGUAUGAAGUGGGUUUGCCUACUCUCUGCUGCCUUAAACUUGCUUUUCUUGAUCCAGAUACUGGAAAACUGACUGGAGGAUCAUUCACAAUGAAGUAUCAUGAUAUGCCAGAUGUUAUAGAUUUCCUUGUCUUGCGGCAACAGUUUGAUGAUGCAAAACAUAGACGAUGGAAUAUAGGUGAUCGUUUCAGAUCCAUAAUUGAUGAUGCUUGGUGGUUUGGAACAAUUGAAAGCCAGGAACCUCUUCAGCCUGAUUACCCUGAUAGUUUGUUUCAGUGUUAUAACGUCUGCUGGGACAAUGGUGACACUGAGAAGAUGAGUCCUUGGGAUAUGGAGCUUAUACCGAAUAAUGCUGUGUUUCCUGAAGAACUGGGUACUAGCGUUCCUUUAACUGAAGGUGAACGCAGAGCAUUAAUCUACAAACCUCUGGAUGGAGAAUGGGGUUCUAGGACCAGAGAUGAAGAAUGUGAGAGAAUUAUUUCAGGGAUAAACCAGCUCAUGACUCUAGAUAUUGCUUCUCCAUUUGUGGCACCUGUGGACCUCCAAGCUUACCCCAUGUAUUGCACUGUUGUGGCAUAUCCCACAGAUCUCAGUACAAUUAAACAAAGACUGGAAAGCAGAUUUUACAGGCGGGUUUCUUCACUUAUGUGGGAAGUCCGGUACAUAGAGCAUAAUACACGAACAUUCAAUGAACCUGGAAGUCCUAUUGUUAAAUCUGCCAAAUUCGUCACGGAUCUUCUGCUACACUUCAUAAAAGACCAGACUUGUUAUGCUAUAAUUCCUUUAUAUAAUACAAUGAAGAAGAAAGUAUUGUCUGACUCUGAUGAGGAAGAAGAGAAAGAUACAAAUGUUCCAGGAACUUCCACUAGGAAAAGAAAGGAUCAUCAGCCCAAACGGAGGCUGCGCAAUAGAGCUCAGUCAUAUGACGUUCAGGCAUGGAAGAGACAAUGCCAGGAGUUGCUGAAUCUCAUUUUUCAGUGCGAGGACUCUGAACCUUUUCGCCAACCAGUGGAUCUCCUUGAAUAUCCAGAUUAUAGAGACAUUAUUGACACACCAAUGGAUUUUGCUACAGUUAGAGAAACUCUGGAGGCUGGCAAUUAUGAGUCACCAAUGGAAUUAUGUAAAGAUGUGAGACUUAUUUUCAGCAACUCCAAAGCUUACACGCCAAGCAAAAGAUCAAGGAUUUACAGCAUGAGUUUGCGCCUUUCUGCUUUCUUUGAGGAACAUAUAAGUUCUAUUUUAUCAGAUUAUAAAUCUGCUGUGCGUUUUCAUAAAAGAAGUUCAUUAAAGAAACGGAGGAAAAAAAGAAGCAGAAGCAGCUCCGUGUCCAGUAGCGUUGCAUCAAGCCCUGAAAGGAAGAGAAGGUUUAUAAAACCUCAGUUGAAGACAGAGGCCUUAGCUGCUCCUUCGUCUUCGGUACCUGCACGUUCAACAACACUGAGACACAUUGCUGCUCAGAUGAACGGAAAAGCGACUGAAAUGUCUUCUCUAGUGCGGACUAGAAGCAAUAGGGGGGUGCUAGAUACUCCUGUUACAGAACAACCAUCCACUUCUUCAGGAGGAAAGCCUUUAACUACAAAGCCUUUAAUAACAAAACCCAAUUCUGCGGUGUCAGGGAAAUCAGUACUGGAGAAUUCUGCCAAACAUUCCAGGAGUCAAAAUGUUCUGUCAAACGCUAGCCAAUCUGGUUACAGUCAUAACACUAGAAAUAACUCCUCAAGAGAAAAUGUGGAGAAAGAUAAACAAGUCAAGCGAAAAGUGAAAUCAUCCACUGUUAAUCAGGAAGCAAACUGCAAAAAUAAUGCUUUGGCAUCAGGAAGCAUUCAGGUAAAUGGACAUGGAAGUCAGCCUUCAAAACCUCCAGUUAAGAGAGGUCCUGGACGGAAACCGAAAGCAGAGACUAAUACCAGUAGCUGUGAAGUGGUGCACAAGAAAAGAGGCAGGAAACCAAAAAAGCUACAAAUUGUUGACCAGAAGAAUGCAGAGCAGAAUACAAUCCAGACCACAAGAGAUGCAACAGAAGAAGCAUCAGCUUCUAACGCAUGCAAUUCUCUUUCUGAAAAUAAUGUGAAGGAAGACUUGUUACAAAAAAAAGGCCGUGGGGGUAGAAAACCAAAAAGAAAGAUGAAGUUGCAUCAACCAGACUCAGAUCUUUUAGUUCCUGUAAAUGUUAAGAUGCAGACAAGAAGCAGGAGGAAAAAGACAGAUGAACCUGUAGAGGAAGAACGGUCUGAGGAACUUAAAGAUUCUGAACCCCACAUGAGAACUAGAAACCAGGGUAGGAGGACAGCCUUUUACAAUGAAGAUGACUCUGAGGAAGAGCAACGGCAGCUAUUGUUUGAAGACACCUCUUUAACUUUUGGAACAUCUAGCAGAGGCAGAGUCCGAAAGUUGACUGAAAAAGCAAAGGCCAACUUGAUUGGUUGGUAAUUUUUACCAGACCCUUUACUUUAGAGUGCUGUAAAGCAGGUACAGUUAAGGAAUGAGCAGAACAAAGACUUCUGCUUCCCUGCUGCUAUUAUGGAAUAGAAGAAUAUGUUCUGAUUUGAAAAAAUUAGCAAAAAAAUAAACUGAAAGAACACUUCUUUGAAAGAAAUAUAUAUUUUAAACUUUUGCUAUUUAUUGCCCUCCAAAUAAUAGGUUAUGCAUUUCAACAGUCAUUUUGUUCAUGGCUAAGAAUAAUUGAAGAUCUAUAAAUAAGCAAUUUCUGACUGACUUACAGAAAUGAGUUGCUGUAAUCUUGAGCACUGCAUAAUAUCUCUGUGUAAUUUAAAAAAGUGAUAAAACUUUUAAUGCCACAAACUGAUAACAGAAUUCUAUUUUUGACCAAGCAAGGUACAUUUUUAUUGAUUGUAGAAGUCAUGUCUCCCAGGAAGGCAGAUGUUGCUAAAGAGUGGCAGUAAAUUAAGAUUUAUAUUUCAAUUAAAGACAACUCCAGAAAUACCAAACUUUGCUAAUCUGAAAAUGCUUAAUUUCAGUAGUGAUGGAACAUUCAGCUGCAAAAGAAGCAUAGCGUGGGCUGUUGUUUAUCCAAGUUCUGCCAAACAGAGAGAAAAUGUAUCACAAUAUAUAUAUAUAUAUAUAUAUCCACAUUGGAAAAAGUUUGACUAAUAUGUCUAAUUUUUCAGACCUUGAUUCUUGUAUCAAUCACUAAAUCUCUGUUUAUUGUGCCAAAGACUGAAAAUCAGUGCAGUGGAAAGCCUUUUCUCUCUCUUUCUCUGUCUCUCUCUUCCCCCCCCCCCCCCCCCCUUUUUUUUUGGUGUCAGUACCGCAUACAGUUUUCAAUUAUAAGGACUGUGUAUUGUUCUAAAUAGCAAGUUGUUAUAAAUUGUUCUGAGAUGUAUUCUUUUUUGGUACUUAUACUAGUAAACAAUAAUGCACUGGUGGGGUUCUUUGACAGAGAUGUUUUAGACAAAAUUUAUAAUUGGUUAAAGGAUUCCAAGAAAUUACAGGAAAACUAUGGGAUUAUGAUGUUUACUUUCUGAUCCAGAUUAUUUCUACAACUUUAGACAUGUUUAAUAGGCUAAAAAUGACUUGCAAAGAAGUGUGUGCAUGUGUUUGUGUAUGGAUAUGUACACAAGCACGUGCAUAGACGAUAUUACCCAGGUAUAAAUUCUUUUUUUCAGGAUUUUUUAGAUAGCACGAGAAUUUAAAAAAAAAAAUUUUAAACUCAUACUUUAUAGUUUAAUUUUAAGGAAAAAGAUUGGUUAUUUUCAAUUAUUAAAGGUUAAAAAGGCCAAAUCACUUUUUAUGCAAUCAUGUUUUAUACAGUGGUCUCAUUGCACAUUGUGUUUUUUCUGCACUUUUUACGGUAUACUUAUCACGCUGACAUAAGUCAAUAUACACCCUAAAGAAAAAUUCCAUUUAAUGAUUGUGCCUUGUAUUCUAUUAUUUCUUGCAUCCUUAGUAAAAUUAAGUUGUCUAUUGUAAAUGAUAACUAUAUGACUUAGGGGAAUGUAUUACUAUAUGUACUGCUAUGGAAAAGAAAAGCAGUUAUUUAUUUGUUUAUGGUACAUUUAGUUAUUUUAUACCUUAUAAACAAACUUUAAUACCAUUUUCUAUUGCUUAAAAAGUAUUGUCCAGUUUUAAAAAAAAGUAUAAAGUUAGUAAUAUUUUCUGAGAUCUGGUAUGGUACAAAAAUGCAACCAAAACUUUCAGAUGACAUAUUAUUUUGGAAUUUUGGGGUAGUGUGAAAGAAUUAUGUUGUCUGGAUUUGGAGAAGAAUAAAAGUUAAAAAAAAAAAAAAAGCUUAAAAUUAGAAACCAGUCCUGAAAAACCUUACUUUUACAAGAAUUCUUCAUUUUUAAGCCAAGUCUAAUAAUUUUUAAUGCAACUGCCGAAGGAAGGGUUUGCAGAAUUAGAACUUUAUAUUUGCACAGAUUACCUUUACUUAUUCUGGGCCAAAUCCUGUGCUCUUUAUUUUGUGUUACAACAAAGUCAUCUUAAGAAAUGUCUAAGCAAGCAGAUUUAUAUUUGGCACCGAGAAGAGAACGUGCUUAUCAUCUAUUUACCUAUAAUGAAUAAAAAAUUGAUAACAUAUAUUUGGCAUUCUUAGAAUAGGUUUAUAUACUUAUCUGCGUUACACAUCUUUAUAUGAAAUUAAGCAAACUAUUUUCCAGAUUCUGACUGUUUGACUUUGAUUCUGAAGUUAGGGAACAGGGUUUUAGUUUGAUAUUCAUUCAUAUGUAUAUUUAUUUUUUUCUAACAGAUUUUUUUUUCUUUUCAGUUAAAAUGCAGUAGUUAAAUAUAUGAUAUGGUGGAAAAACUAUGGUUGUAUAGUUAAAAAUGCAGUUUUUACAGUUUGUAACAUUCUUUUUAGUUUUUUAAAUGUAACAGUUAAUAUUAAGCAGCUCACUGCUGAUGAAGGCAAUCAGUUUCAACUGUGUAAUUUCCUGAUGUUAUCUGCAUUGUAAUAUAAAAAUUAGAGUAUAUCUAAAAUUCAGCUUCUGUAUUUACUCCAUUUGUAAUAAUAAUCUAAGGGGCAUGUUUAUGUAGAUAUUUAUACACAGAAAAUACCUGUAUGUAAAUUUUGGAGAAUGGAAUAACAAGUAUUCCUAUGACAUUGUGGGGAAACUAUACAUCUUAAAAAGGGUAAGAAUAGAAGGCCUUAUCUGCAGAACAUAGAUAUUGUUCCCCUUCCACAAAUACUUGUGACCUUAGCCUAUAUUUUUUUUAAAAGUUCACCUCUAGAAACAUUGACUUUCUUCUUUUAAAAUAAAAUUAGUGCUUUGGAUCAGUUUUUUAUAAGAGGAACACUAAAAUGUAUUAGACGUAAUAACAGAUUUAUUUAAAAAUAUAUUUUUAUAAUUUAGUUUCUCUAGGUUGCAAAAAUUUUAUUUAUGGAACAUCAGCAUCUUACUGUUUGUCCUUUUAGUUUGGAAGAAUGUAUUAUUUGAAAUAUUUGCAUAAUACUGUAUCAACACAGAAAAAGAGCUUUUGAUAACUAAGUCUUAAGAUUUUAAAUUUGAGCAAUAAAUUGUAGUUCAACCUUUUGAAAGAAUUUAAAAUAUGUAGUUACAUGCAUGUUAUGAAUAAUGCCAUCUCAAGUACAUAACAUAUAAUCCACAAAUGGGAUAUUGAAAUUACAGCUGGUGUUUGUUUCACAUGCAUUGUAAAUAUUAUUACAUAGAUGUUUUAUUCAUAUACAAUCAAACUAUAAUCUUACAAACCUGUCAGCAAUGAACACUGCUUCAUCCAUUCAUUCAAAUACAUUGAUAUUUGACUUUUGAUAUGGGAAUAUUCAAUUGUUUUCUGUGCUGGUGGCCAUUAAAGUCAAUAUUUAUUCCACUGUGGGUAGGUAUCUAAUAUCAGUGCAUUCUCUACAGAGGAGAAAACUGCCGUUUCCCAAAUAACAUUAUAUUCUAAAUGUUUACUUUAAUGGCAAUCAUUGUACCUAUGCCAACAUACUGAGUAAAUGUGUACCCAGUCUCCUUUCCAUUGCUACUUUGUUAUCCAGGAAUUGAACUUGAGGAACUUCACCACAAUAUUGUUCAGUAUUGUGUCAGUAUUGACCUAAGGUUCUUUGUGCUUUAACCAGUGACCAUAAUUUGACAGAAAAUGUCUUCCUCUUGUGAUUAGACUGCUUUGAUAUAUAUUUGCAUACAUAUAUUUGUACAGAUCGUUCAGUUUGUACAUGUGUGAUCAGUUUGUUGUUAGAGUUGUAAGAUUGAGUUGGUUGAAUUUAGUAUUACAAUGAAUUAAUAGAAGUAAAAACAUUCAUUUGGUAAAGAAUCCUCAUGCAGCAUGUAGGAUGUAUUAGAUCUAUACAAAUAAAAAAAAAUAGUGUAGCAGACAGCUUAUGCACUGUAUUGCUGUACAUGUAUGUUUCUAGUACCAACUCUCACUUCCUGUUUCUGAGGCUUUUCCCAUCUAUAAAACUACUAUGUAAGCUAAAACAGUACAUUCAUUUAGUAGGCUUGCUGCAGUUAUAUUUAAAUCUCUUGCUCACGUUUACUUUAAGCGUUGAUACAGUAAACACUUUAGUACUUGCUUAAAGCUAAGCAUGUAUUAUACUGUUUGCUGAAUCACACUUAAUGGGAUAGAAUCCUUAGGAUUCAUAUAUGGUAGAUAGUCUUAGCCCAUCUUUAUUAAAUCUGUGAGCUUAUUUUAAGCAUGAAUGUAGCUAAUAUAGUUCAACAUAUUACUGGUCAAACAAUAUAGGACCAUAUCCUAGUCAGACCAUGUUUAAAACUGUUUUAGCUGAGUGUUCAAAAGAGGUUUAAGUACAAUACUCUAACACUGGUGAAAGCCCAGAAAGAGGCCCUCCAACCUCAUCUGGAAAAAACAAAAGCUCAUUUUCUCUGUUACUUUUUACUACCUAAUAAGGCAAAAAAAAUGUGUAAAAUUAUUUUAUAAAAUAUUUUUGUCUACUUUCCCUAAAGUUCUUCUAAAUAAACAGUUUCCAAGGGGACCUAAAUAUCAACAGAUAAAAGGGCUGUUAGUUUUCUGCUGUAAAUUAUUGUAUAUAAAUGUGUUUUGUUUCUAUGCAGAAGAAAUAGCAUGUUAAAUUUCAUAUACUUUGGCCAAGUCUGAAAUUAUUUCUAACAUGACAAGCCUGGUAUUGACACUUUAUAUAAUUUCAGAUCUUUUAAAAUAAGGAACACAGGUCUGGUGACACUUUCUGUGUUUGGGGAGGAAAAUCAGGUAGCUUUUAAAUUGAAGUUAACCUCUAGGUUCUUGUGUUUAUGGUAAUUGUAGUGUAGGGGCCAUUUUUGCUGUUUAAUCUUGCACUGUAUUUAAGGGGAAAACACUCCAGUUCAGGAAGGUUAGAUUUUCUUAAAAAGGAUACCAGACGAGAAGAAUAAGCUUUUGUUUUGAAGGCUACAUAGCAUCAAGGCACCCCAGAGAGAAUGUAUUUUGCAAUAAAAUCAAGGUAAAUAAACACAACUUCCAGGAGCUAGCUUUGAUUGAUUGUUUGGAAGAAAUUAUCCUCUGUGGGCCUUGAGGGUAGUAAUGGCAAGAGUAGAUCUUUGGAACUCCUUUUAAUGCAGAUAAAUACAUCAGGAAAUUCACUUAUUAUGGUGUAAACAGUACAGUGUAGGGUAGUAUUAUACUAUGAAUUUCUGUCCUUAAGGCAAAGAAUUAGCUCAUACAAAUUGGGAGUAGAAAAGAAUGUUAAAUUUCAGCACCUACUUUGUACACAUGCAUAUAAGGCAUACACAUAUAAUUUUGAACUUACAAUUGUGCACGUUGAUUUACAGAAAUAAUGAUGAGACAGAUUGCAAAGUUACAUUUUUGGACCAUAUUAGAACUGCAAAACAAUGACAGGCAACUUGUUAAAGAUCUUGAGUGAAUUAUUUAAAUCCUGUCAUGUAAUGUUUAGACAUGUAGAAUGUAGCUGAACUUUAAGGAAGUGAUCUAGAAGGGUUAAUUUUUGAAACUGACACAUUUUCAGAUUAAAAUAAUGCUUAUUUUGUACAGAAUGAUGUAAAACAGAAUAAUCUGUUGUAUGUAAUGAGAAACAAACCGUUUGAAAACUAUAAUUCUUUAGCUUUAUCAAGGCUUUUUUUUCUUCCAGAAAUCUGGAUUAUCAUGUUAUAACCUGCGGUAUCUCACCAGGAUAACAGUGCCCUUUCUUUUUGUACAUAUUGAUUGGGAAUUUCUUUACUGUUACGUGGACACUUUCUAUGUUAGUUUUGAUGCAUAAUACUUUGAAUCCUUUUAUACAAACUAGAAUGUAUGUGUAAGAAUUACUGUCACUGCAAUGUAGUAACUACAAACUUAUUUUUAAAUAAAUAGAAAACAUGUUUUUCUAA